AUGGGAAGGAGGGGAAGGAGCGAAGGGGGACAGGAUUGGAUGUUGGGUAUAGACAGAAUCUCAAGAAGAAGAAAACUGGGAUAUGAAUCCGAGGGGAGAGUGCAAACACUGGCGCACACUAACCAAAGAUCCAGUGAAGAAAACGUAGGAAGAAACAACAAUCUGUUUGGGCAUGAUCAAGAGAUACCACCAGAAGAAAACUUUCCACCAAACCGUACUGUAAGGAAAAGACCAGAAACAGAUGAUAGCGAGUCAAGUGUCCAAGGACCAAGACCAAUUAGGCGGAACAACCCGAUUGCACCAGAAGUUCAUGAUCAACCACAACAAGGAGAAGGAAUGGAGCACACUUUGAAGAUGCUUCAUGACGUGAUAGCGAGGUCACUACAACAACCUCAAGUGCAACCUCAGCCACUCGUGCCACCACAACCUUCAGUUAGUACACCGAUGUUACCAUUGAUAACUGCCAUGAAGAAUAUGAAGACACCACAUUUUGAAGGAGGCUAUCGGGCACAAUUAGAUUGUGGAAAAGGUCGUAUUUCGUUCAAGGAGAACGGGCAACGGCAAAUAGUAUUCUACGGGAUCAGUCCAAGUAAGUCUGUGUCUUUAGUAGCUGUCUUGAGAGUGGAAGGUUUGCUCAAGGAUGGAGAAGCGUAUCUGGUAACAGUAACUGCUAGUGAAGGACCCGCUAGCAAUGGAGUUGAAAUUACAGAUAUUGCGGUAGUACAAGAGUUCGAGGAUGUGUUUGCAGCGUUGAAAGAGUUACCUCCACCUCGGAGUAACCCUUUCACAAUUAACUUGGAACCUGGAGCUAAGCCGAUAGCAAAGACUCCCUACCGCAUGGCACCUGCAGAGUUAGCAGAGUUGAAGAAACAACUUGAAGAUUUAAUGGAGAAAGGUUCCAUAAGACCUAGCUCUUCACCAUGGGGAGCUCCGGUCUUAUUUGGCAAGAAGAAGGAUGGUAGUGAUGUCAUGAAGACUGCGUUUAGAACUCGUUAUGGACAAUAUGAGUUUGUCGUAAUGCCUUUUGGUCUUACUAAUGCACCGGUGGCCUUCAUGGGAUUGAUGAAUGAAGUCUUCCACGAUUAUCUCGACAAGUUCGUGGUAAUCUUCAUCGAUGACAUUUUAAUAUAUUCCAAGGCAGAGGUCGAGCACAAAGCACACUUGAAGCUAGUGUUGGAACGGUUAAGAAACCAGAAGUUGUAUGCCAAGUUCAGCAAGUGUUCUUUCUGGAAAAGAGGGAUCGGGUUCUUAGGGCACCGUUUGUCUGGAGAAGGAGUUUCUGUAGAUUCGGAAAAGGUGAAAGCCAUCGAGGAAUGGCAAAGGCCAUCAAUGGUAACCGAUGUAAGAAGUUUCCUCGGGUUAGCCGGGUAUUAUCGAAUGUUCGUCAAGAACUUUUCUUCGAUCGCUAAGCCCUUGAUGAAGUUGACCUGA